UUUUCCUUGCAUAUAUUCCUACCGAGUAAUUCUAACAUGCAUCCAUGCACCGUGCAUCUCUUACCGUCAAAUCUGAAUAAAACACUUUUGAUGCAUUUUAGAAUCACUUUUGAUGACAUUUCCUAGCCAAAUUGCAUUGUAACAUAAACACUGGAAAACAAAGGGUCUAUAACACAUCAUUAGCCUGUUCCCUUCUCCAGCCACUGUUGUUUUGGUUCAUUGUGUGUCUCUCUCAGUAGAAUCCAAUGAGAAUUCCCCAUGUUCCCUUCCUUUCCUUCAUAUUCUGCUACUGCUUCUUGAUACACCACAGUGUUUACUACACCGGGGUAAAAGCCCAAAUUGUUGAGGAUCAACAACAAUCAUUGCUCAAACUGAAGAAUAGCCUCAAAUUCAAGACUAAUAAGUCUACAAAACUUGUGUCUUGGAAUUCAAGCAUAGAUUUCUGUGAGUGGAGGGGUGUUGCCUGUGACGAGGAUGGGCAAGUUACUGGCCUUGACCUGAGUGGAGAAUCUAUCUAUGGUGGAUUUGACAAUUCAAGUACUCUUUUCAGUUUGCAAAAUCUCCAGAUACUGAAUUUGUCUGCUAAUAACUUCAGUUCUGAGAUACCAUCCGGUUUCAACAAGUUGAAGAACUUAACAUAUCUGAAUUUGUCUCAUGCUGGCUUUGUGGGGCAGAUUCCAACAGAGAUUUCUUACCUGGCAAGGUUGGUAACUCUUGAUAUCUCUUCUGUUUCCUAUUUAUAUGGGCAACCACUGAAACUUGAAAACAUAGAUCUACAAAUGCUUGUCCGAAACCUCACCAUGCUUAGACAAUUGUAUAUGGAUGGUGUCAUUGUAACAACUCAGGGAAAUACAUGGAGCAAUGCUUUGUUUAAACUUGUUAACCUGCAGGAGCUGAGAAUGUCAGACUGCAAUCUCUCUGGACCCCUUGAUCCUUCCUUGACAAGACUUCAGAAUCUAUCAGUCAUUCGUCUUGAUCAGAACAAUUUCUCAUCCCCAGUGCCAGAAACCUUUGCUAAUUUUCCAAAUUUAACCACCCUUCACCUUAGUUCUUGUGAAUUGACGGGAACAUUUCCAGAGAAAAUCUUUCAGGUAGCAACAUUGUCUGUUUUAGACUUAUCAUUCAAUUAUCAUCUGUAUGGAUCUUUGCCUGAAUUCCCAGUGAAUAGCCCUCUUCAGACAUUGAUUGUGAGUGGCACAAAUUUCUCGGGAGCAAUACCACCUUCUAUAAAUAAUCUUGGGCAGUUAUCCAUCUUAGAUCUUUCUAAUUGCCAUUUUAACGGAACACUACCCAGUUCAAUGUCAAGAUUCAGGGAACUCACUUAUCUGGAUUUGUCAUUGAAUGACUUCACUGGUCAAAUUCCAUCCCUGAAUAUGUCCAAUAAUCUCACCCAUUUAGACUUCACACGCAAUGGUUUCACAGGUUCAAUCACAUAUCAUUUUGGCGGCCUAAGAAAUCUGCUCCAAAUUGAUUUGCAGGACAACUUCCUGGAUGGAAGCCUUCCUUCCUCUCUUUUUUCUCUCCCACUGCUACGAAGUAUUCGACUUUCCAACAACAAUUUCCAGGAUCAACUGAAUAAAUAUUCAAAUAUCUCUUCCUCCAAGCUAGAGGUCCUUGAUUUAAGUGGAAAUGAUUUAAACGGGUCCAUUCCUACAGAUAUUUUUCAACUCAGAUCACUUAGUGUCCUUGAACUAUCUUCAAACAAGUUAAAUGGCACGUUGAAGCUGGAUGUGAUUCAUAGACUUGAAAAUCUAACUACACUGGGACUUUCACACAACCAUUUGUCAAUAGACACAAAUUUUGCAGAUGUUGGCCUAAUAUCUUCCAUCCCCAAUAUGAAUAUUGUAGAGUUGGCCUCCUGCAACCUGACAGAGUUCCCUAGUUUCUUGAGAAACCAAUCAAAAAUAACAAUUUUAGACCUCUCAAGCAACAAUAUUCAAGGAUCUAUACCAACAUGGAUUUGGCAACUUAACUCUCUCGUUCAAUUAAAUCUUUCUCACAAUUUACUCAGCAAUUUAGAAGGACCUGUGCAGAACUCUAGUUCCAAUUUGAGUCUCCUUGACCUUCAUGAUAAUCACCUCCAAGGGAAGCUUCAAAUAUUUCCGGUGCAUGCCACUUAUUUGGACUAUUCAAGCAAUAACUUCAGUUUCACUAUUCCAUCAGAUAUUGGUAAUUUUCUGUCUUCCACAAUUUUCCUGUCUCUUUCCAAAAACAAUUUAUCUGGGAAUAUUCCACAAUCCUUGUGCAGUAGUUCAGUUUCGCUAGUUCUGGAUUUUUCCUAUAAUCACUUGAAUGGGAAAAUUCCAGAGUGCUUAACACAGAAUGGGAGGCUCGUGGUAUUAAAUCUGCAACAUAACAAGUUCCAUGGCAGCAUUCCAGACAAAUUUCCAGUAUCUUGUGCUCUAAGUACUCUGGAUCUCAAUAGUAAUCUAUUGCGGGGAUCAAUUCCCAAAUCUCUUGCAAGUUGCACAUCAUUAGAGGUGUUGGAUCUUGGUAACAAUCAGGUAGAUGAUGGAUUUCCAUGCUUCUUAAAGACAAUAUCUACACUACGUGUCAUGGUUUUGAGGGGAAACAAAUUCCAUGGUCAUAUUGGAUGUCCUCAUGCUAACAGUACUUGGCAUGUGCUUCAAAUUGUUGAUCUAGCUUUCAACAAUUUCAGUGGUGUACUUCCAGGAAAGUGGUUGAAAACUUGGAAGGCAAUGAUGCUUGAUGAAGAUGAUGAUGGAUCACAGUUCAAUUACAUUAGAUCUCAAGUCCUUAAGUUUGGUGGUAUAUAUUAUCAGGAUUCUGUGACACUUACAAGCAAAGGUUUACGGAUGGAGUUUGUUAAAAUCCUAACUGUCUUAACAUCUGUUGACUUCUCAUCCAACAAUUUUGAAGGAACUAUACCAGAAGAGCUUAUGAAUUUUACAAGACUUCAUUUGCUCAACUUGUCAGAUAAUGCUUUAGCAGGCCAUAUCCCUUCAUCUAUAGGGAAUUUAAAACAGCUUGAAUCAUUGGACCUGUCAAGCAACCAUUUUGAUGGAGAAAUUCCCACACAGCUUGCAAAUUUAAAUUUCCUCUCGUACCUAAACGUUUCCUCUAAUCGUCUGGUGGGAAAAAUCCCCGUAGGUAACCAGCUUCAAACAUUUGAUGCAUCUUCCUUUGUUGGUAAUGCAGAAUUGUGUGGAGCACCUUUGAUUAAAAACUGCAGUAAUGAAACAUAUGGGCUGCCAACGUCACCACAUGCAAGGCCAUGCACAUUUGGCUGGAAUAUCAUGAGGAUUGAAUUGGGAUUUGUUUUUGGCCUUGCACUUGUUAUUGGUCCCCUUCUGUUUUGGAAGCAAUGGAGGCAAUGGUACUGGAAACGCGUGGACCUCAUUCUGUGUCGUAUCUUCCCACAGCUGAAUCUUGAAUAUGAAAGCAGUGGAGGACAUUGCUAUCAAGUUUUAAGGUGGAGGCAUUAGUCAUGAGGGAGUACUAAAAUGCUAAUAGCAAAUCAGCCAGACAAGCACCGGUGAGGAUGCCUUCUUCAACCUGCAUGUCUCUGUUGCAUUGAUUGCUCUCUGGGUUGAUUUUAUUUUUACUUAAGUUCAGAAAAUAGAAAGCAGUGGAUGAAUAAUGAUCGGGUCUGGAAGUAAAUACAUAUGUAUGAUUUCUCCUAAGUCCUAAUAAAUAUAAGAGUGUGUAGGAUUAUGCAGAUUAUUCAUGAUCCUGCUUUCAUUUAAUAAUCCAUAUAAAUGAAAUGAUGAUGAGAAAAUAUCACAGAUAA